UAUCGGUUGUGAAUGGAUUAAAGCUACAAAAAUUUAAAACUUGAUCAAAAGUUAACAAAAAAUCUGAACAAAAAAAAAAAAAAAAAUUUCUUUAAACCCACAUAAAAUUAUUUUAUUUUUUUGUUUUUUCACCCCACCUACUUCACCUGUUUAAAACAUUUCGCAUUUUAACCUUCACGCGUUUUUAAUCUUAAAUUAAUUUGAAAAACAAGAACUAUUUUGAAAUAUUACAAAAAAAAAGUGUUAAAUAAUUUUAGAAAUUACAAAACAAAAAAUUUUUUCUAAAUGAAAAUAAAGAAAUAAAUUGUGUUAAAAAAUAAAUUAUACAUGUGUGUACAUACUUAUGUAUAAAUAAAUAUAUGUAAAUUUAGUAUAUAAAAAUUAUAAUUGUUCAAAAUGACAAAGAGCCUAAUAUUUUCUAGUUUAAUUUUACAAAUUUUUCACCAGUGUUAUUGUCAAGGACUUUAUUCAAUAUUAGCACCAAGUACAAUUAGACCAAAUUCCGAAUAUCAUGUAGCAGUUAAUGUGUAUCGUAAUGGAGAACCAGCAACAAUAAAAUUGGGUAUUAUAAGUCCAAAUUAUUCAAAUUUUAAGACUGUAGAAGUACGUCCGUUUUUCUCAGAAUUAGUACAAUUCGAUUUACCAGACAUAAAAGAAGACAAUUAUAAGCUUACAGCUGAGGGUAUUUCUGGUUUAACAUUCACCAAUGAAACCAAUCUACUAUAUGAUUCUAAACAAUUAUCAGUUUUAGUACAAACUGAUAAAGCUAUUUAUAAACCGGGUGAUAUUAUUAGAUUUAGAAUAUUAAUACUAGAUGAAAAUUUAAGACCAGCUAAAAAUUAUGGAGAAGUUACUGCUGAAAUGAGAGAUUCCCAAGGAAAUUUAAUUAGAACAUGGAACGAUAUUCGUUUAACAAAUUCCAUAUAUAAAGAUGAGAUUCAAUUAACUGGAGAUUUUCCUGCUUUAGGUGAAUGGACAAUUAAUGUAAUAGUUAUGAAAGAAACCCAUGUCAAAACAUUCGAAGUUGAUGAAUAUAUUGUACCGAAAUAUAAAAUUUCAAUUGAAACAGCUAAGCACACGUUUUAUAAAGAUGGCAAAAUUACAGCAAUAAUACGCGCUAAAGAACAUUUUGGAAAAUCAAUUAAAGGUGAAGUAACUGUAGCAAUUUAUCCUAAAUUUUAUCAAUCAUUGCAACCAUUUAUACUUGGUUUAAUAACACGAAAAGUUGUGCCAUUAGAUGGAAAAGCAUAUAUAGAAUUUGAUAUUAAAGAUGAAUUAAAUUUUAAAGAAGAUUACAGACGUGAUAUAUUAUUAGAAGCUACUGUAGAAGAACAAUAUACCGGUAGAAAACAAAAUACAUCCACUGUAGUUUCAUUAUAUCGUGACCGGUAUAGUAUUGAAGCUGUUCGAAUACCAAAAUAUUAUGUACCAAAUGUUCCAUUCGAUAUUUUAAUUAAAGUUUCACAACAAGAUGGAACACCUAUUCAAGAUCCAGCCAAUCUUGUAUCAGCAUAUUAUACAGAUAGUCCUAGCAGCGAAGAACUUAAGAAUAAAACUGAAGUUAAAUUAAAUAAUUUUGGAAUGGCUACACUACAAUUUGUAAUUCCAGAUACUGAAACAGCUGAUCAACAAGCUAUCAUUGUUAAAUACUUAGAUGUUACGUCAGAAGUUGGCACAAUAGAAAGAAAACAAAGCCGUAGUGAAAACUUUAUACAAGCAGAAAUUUUAAACGAAAAACCAACUGUUAAUCAAGAAGUCAACAUUGUUGUUAGAUCAAAUGAGCUAAUGAAGUAUUUCAUGUAUCAAAUUGUUGGACGUGGCGACAUUAUAACUUCAAGAACUAUUAAUGUUGAUAAUUCAAAUUAUCAUAGCUUUAAAUUCUUGGCAACUUUUGCAAUGGUUCCGAAAGCAAAUCUAAUUGUUUCUUAUGUAGAUAGCACAGGAGAAUUGAUUUUUGAUGAACAAGUGAUCGAUUUUGGUGACGAUUUGUGGAAUUUCGUUCAUAUUGAAGCACCUGAAAAAUCGUCUCCAGGGCAAGAAGUAGAUAUAACAAUUACUACAAAACCCUACUCAUACAUUAUGUUAACGGCUGUUGAUCAAAGUGCUGUCGAUAUAAGAUGUUGUGAAAAUGAUAUUACUAAGGAUAUGAUAAAUGAUGAGCUAAGUAAAUAUGAUGCAGAUACUGAAAUGACUAAUCGGGGCAGCCCUGGUCAUGAUUCAGGUUUAAUAAUACUAACAAAUUCCGACUAUUUUGCAAUCAAAUCUGAUUCCACAAAAGCUCCACCCACCACAUUAAAUGUUGUUGAAAGUGACGAAAAACUUACAAAAAAAACUGAUAUCGGUCCAGCUCAUACCUUUGAUGUGAACACCAAACCACCUUUAGCAGGUCCAUAUGCUUUCAGUAGAAUUCCAAAACCAUUUUGGAAUCGUCCCAGAGUACAUGUUAUGGGUGAUGUAAUGGAUACAUGGUUAUUUAUGAAUAUUUCAUCAGGAAAUGAUGGACGUGUAACAGUUCAACAAAAGCUUCCCAAUUCCAUGAAUUCUUGGAUGGUUACGGCGUUUUCAGUUGAUCCCAUUACUGGUUUGGGUAUCCCAAAAAAUACCAGAUCUAUAGAAUAUUUCAGAUCUUUUUAUAUAACUACGGAAUUACCUUAUUCAAUAAAAAAAGGUGAAAUUAUUUCAAUUCCUUUUGUUGUUUUUAAUAAUCAAAACAAGGAAAUCGAAACUGAAGUAACUCUAUAUAAUGUUGCACGUGAAUUUGAUAUAGUUCAAAUUAGUAAUGAAUUAGAACCAAAUACAUCAACUGUUGAGUUAUACAGUCGUCAAUCUCUAAGAAUCCCAGCGAACUCUGCUCAAUCUGUUUCAUUUAUGAUACAAACCAAAAGAAUUGGACCUGUUAUGAUUAAAGCUACAGCUAAUACCCCGCUUUCCGGUGAUACAAUCGAGAAAAUUUUGAUGGUUGAACCUGAAGGAACCCCAAUAAUGGUGACUCGAGGAAUCCUUUUGGAUUUACGUUCUGGAAAACCAAUCAAAGAAAAUAUAACUAUAGGAAUUCCUAAAAAUGCUAUACCUGAUUCUUCAUAUAUUGAAGUUUCUGUCGUUGGCGAUCUUUUAGCAUCUGCAAUAAAAAGCCCAGAGAAACUUUUAGACAAACCAGAUGGUAGCGGUGAACAAAAUAUGGCAAAAUUUAUGCCCAAUUUAAUGGUACUACAUUAUUUACAAAAAGCAAACUAUGGAAGACCAGAAAUUGAAAUGAAAGCAAUAAAGUAUUUGGAACUUGGUUACCAGAGGCAACUUUUUUAUAGGCAUUCAGAUGGAUCAUUUAGUGAAUUCGGAAGUGCAACUGAUAAAGUCGGAAGUACUUGGUUGACGGCAUAUGUUGCACGAGCAUUUAAACAAGCUGAAAGUUAUAUUGAAAUAGAUCAUACAAUUGUUAGUAGAGCUUUACAAUAUUUAGCAAAAAUUCAAGCACCAGAUGGUCGUUUUCCAGAGCUAGGUGAUGUAACAAUACGUUUCGAAGAUGAUGGAAUUAGUUUAACAGCAUUUACUUUAUUAGCAUUUUUGGAAAAUUCAAAUAACAUUCCAGAACAUAGAAAUGUAAUUAGCAAUGCUAUAAAUUAUUUAGUCAAAAGUUUAUCAACCACAAAUGAUGUAUAUCCGCUCGCAAUUUCAGCAUAUGCUCUAUCAGUUGCAAAUCAUAAUACUAAAAAUUUGGUAGUUCAACGUCUUGAUUCUUUGGCAACUUAUGAAGGUGACAAAAAAUGGUGGUCUAAACCAUAUCCAGUCUCUGAAAAGAAAAGUCCUUGGUACAAUAGUACUCGUUCAAUUAAUAAUGAAAUAACUGCUUAUGCUGCUUUGGCGCUCUUAGAAAAUAACUAUAUAUCAAAUGCAAUUCCAGUUUUAAAAUGGUUAGUUGAUCAAAGAACUAAAAUGGGAUCAUUUGUAUCAUCCCAGGAUACAGUUGUUGGGUUACAAGCAUUAAUUAAAUUUUCGGAAAGAGUACCAGAUAUUCAACCAAACGUUCAAGUAACAUUUGAACCGAAUGAUGGAUCAGAAACUAGAAUUAGUGUUAACAAUGGUAAUGCUCUUGUACUUCAAACAACUCAGCUGCCAAAUAAUAUUAAAAAUGUAACGGUUAAAGCAUCUGGUAGCGGUUUGGCACUGGCCCAAGUUUCAUACAAGUAUAACACCAAUAUUACUGGCGCAUGGCCUCGUUUUUCAUUAGAUCCACAAGUUAAUCGAAUUUCACAUGCAAAUUAUUUACAUUUGUCCAUUUGUGCAAGUUUUGUGUCAGUUCCCGGUGAAAAUAAUAGAUCAAAUAUGGCAAUAAUGGAAGUAAAUUUACCAAGUGGUUUUACAGUCGAUUUGGAUACACUACCAUCAUUAGAAGCGAACGAAAGAAUAAAGAAAGUCGAAACUCGAAUGCGAAAUACGGUUGUUGUAAUAUAUUUCGACUAUUUAGGUCGUAGAGAAAUUUGCCCAACUCUUGAUGCUUACAAAACAUAUAAAGUAACAAAACAUCGACCAGUACCUGUCAUUAUAUAUGACGUUUAUGAUAGUGCACGAAAAGCCAGAAUGUUUUAUAGGGCACCGAAAUCAACACUAUGUGAUAUUUGUGAAGGUUCAAGUUGUGGAAAAUCAUGUGGACCACAAGAACAGCGGCAAUCCAGAGUACUUGUUGAUUUCGAUGAAAAACUAAUUAAGGCUAAAACGGGCGGUGGGGCACAAUCAAUAUUUUCAACGACGUUUUCUACAACAAUUUUAAUAGCAUUAUUUAUAGCAAGAAUAAUUACUUAAUUAUUACAUACAUGUACAUAUGUUAAUUUAUAGUAACAUAAUUUUUACAGUUUAAAAUUAUAAUGCCAUCUGAAUAAAAAAAAGUAUUUUGUUUGAUUGUUAAGUUAAAAAAUAAGUUUACUAGGUUAUGUAAACGCAAAAUUAAAUUUUUAAUAGAGUGUACAAUAUGAUUUUGUUGUAAAAGAAAAUUUUUAAAAAUCGAAUACUUAAAAUUUUUAAAUAACUUACUAAUUAAAAUUAUUAUUUUUCUCAAUUAUGUAAUUUUUUUCCCUUAAAAAUAAAUUCCAUACAAAUUUUAUUGAUAAAAUUAAAAUAAAAGUACAUGAAAUAAA